AUGGAAAUCACUGCUUACUUUUGUGGCGCGCUGCUGCUGCUACUCUGGUAUCGGGUAUGUGCUCGACAGAGUGUCGACAAGACUCAAGUACAGCUAAGGCAGAACAUCAUUCUUGUAAAAAAUACGCCAUAUGCCAUACCUACACCGGAAGCGUAUCAAGUGCACUUCUCGUCUGCAACGCACAUCAAGCAGCUGAUCCAGGCACCAGAUACGCAUUUAUCACUCCAUGCUCUAGCAAAGGAUAUGUUUCAGCCCACACACACCAUGGACGGACUCGCAGUUGACGAUUGCAUGAGCGCCAACGGCACCAUCCACCAGCGCGCCCUUCAAGCUGAGCUACGCUCCCACCUCCCAGCUCUAACUCAACCUCUGAGCGAGUGCAUAGCGAGAACCCUCACCAAGGAGGUAUCACAAGCAUCGGGCAGUCUAGCCGCAGUCGGAGACGGCUGGCGCGCACUACAGCUAUUCCCCCUAGCCAAACGACUAGUCGUCAGCGCGAACGCUUUGACUUUCUUUGGCCCGGAGGUAUCCAGCAACCCAAUCUUCCUCAAUGCUGCCCUGGAAUAUCCAGAACAUAUGAUGCAAACUGCUGAGAUUCUCCGCCUCCUCCCCUCAGCCCUGACAGUCCUACUAGAUACUCUCAUUCCGAUCAUCGAGCGCCGUCUUUAUGAGCACCAGUCGCGACCAGAACAAGCCGAAGCCCGAGUGCCUCGAGACUGCAUCCAGUUCUUCGUCAACGCAGUCAAGCACAAGAAACAGCUAGAUAAGUGGCACGCCCAACGGAUCGUGCAGGUCCUGCUAGGAAUCUGGUUCGCCUCUGUCCACCAGCCUGCAAUGUGUCUUUUCUACGCUCUCGACGACCUAUGUCUCCACCCGGAGUACGUGGUUCCACUGCGAGAAAAGAUCUCUCAAGCCGUACAGAUCGACAUCUCUACCCUACCACUCUUAGAUGCUUUCUUAAAAGAGUCCGCCCGUCUCCACCCAACAGACUCCAUCUCCGUCCGCCGUAAGGCACUGCGGCCAUUCACUUUUUCCGAUGGGACAAGUCUCGCGAAAGGCGAUGUCGCCUGUAUCCCUUUGCAGCCAGCUCUGCAGAACCCAGAGAGCUACGCAAACCCACUUACGUUCAAUCCCCAUAGGUUCCUAAAGGAUAAAAUGACUAGUACAUAUAUCAGAAGCAGCAGGUCAAGGUUCACUGACGCGGAUGUGGCCUUCCCAAUCUGGGGUUUGGGGAAACAUGCCUGUCCGGGUAGACAUUAUGCCUCCCUUCUUCUGAAACUAGUGCUCGCGCAUGUCCUCCUGCGUUACGAAAUUAAAUUGCCCGACAGAAACCGGAGGUCUGAAAAAAGGUCGUUUUACUGGCGCUCGGCUAUUGUGCCUAGGUCAGGGGCUGUUUUGUAUUUUCGGGAGCGGGGAUCGUGUACUGAGUGA